GAUGUAUUUCCACUAAGCAAUUUAAAAAAUUCUUUUAUGCUAGCCAAAGAACAGAGAUUAAACCUCGUAACCGCCGCAAGGAGUGUUCUCCUCUCUUCUUGGAAUGGAAUGGAGGUAAGGAGGCUGCCAGAUUUUCUCACUCGGUUCUUGAGCUCCAGAAUUUUUUUGCUUUCGCUCGCGCUCGGCUUCGCCCAAUUCUUCCUCUUCUCCUUCUCGCCGAGGGCUUGGACACAGAGGAGCUGCUCGAUCGCCAAAGCCAAAUCAUCCCAGCUUCUCAGAGUUUAUGUCGCCGAUCUUCCUCGCGAAUUCCACCAUGGCCUCCUCGAGAGCUACUGCCGCUCCCAGAACUGCUGCUCCACCGGCGAGUAUCCCACGAAUCCUCUGCUCAAGCAGCACAGUGCCGAGUUUUGGCUCCUGCGCGAUCUGCUCGACAGCCCCUCCAAGAAGAAGGAAAACUUUGUUCGAGUGUGGGACUCCCGGCUCGCGGACGUUGUCUUCGUGCCAUUCUUCGCGGCUCUCAGCGCUCAAAUCCAGCUCAGAGGUGGCCACCGUGGCGAGUUUCGCAAGAGGAGCUCCAAAAACUCCGACUUUGAUCGCCAGCGGCGAGUGGUGGAGCUCGUCACCAGCAGUCUCGAGUGGAGGCGGAGCAAUGGAGUCGACCAUGUCUUCGUUCUCGCUGGUAAAAACGAAACUUUGCUCUCUCUCUCUCUCCAAGCUCCUGUUCUUCUUCCAGAUCCCAUGGCUAUGUGGCACGUCCGCGAGCAAAUCUCCACUGCGGUGUUCCUGGUGGUCGACUUUGGAGGAUGGUACCUGGAGGACGCCAAGAACAAGCUGAAUUCCUCCACCAUCAUCCAGCACUCCCAGGUCUCUCCGAUCAAAGACGUGAUAAUCCCCCACACGCACUUGCUGCCACCCUUGAAGAUCGCGGACGAUCAACACCGGACUGUUCUCCUGUACUUCAGAGGAGCUCGCCAUCGUCACAGGAGCGGGCUUGUCAGAGAAAAGCUCUGGAAAAUCUUAGACAACGAACCGGAAGUUUUGCUCGAGGAAGGACUUCCAGACGAUGCCGGUCUUGCGGAAGCCACACGAGGCAUGAGAAGCUCCGAGUUUUGCUUGACUCCGGCGGGAGACACUCCCAGUUCAUGCAGGCUUUACGACGCCAUCGCGAGCCUGUGCAUUCCAGUGAUUGUCAGCGAUGACAUACAGCUUCCAUUCGAAGGCUUUGUGAAUUACGAGGAGUUUUGCGUCUUCGUGUCAGCCCGAGACGCCACACAACCCGGAUGGCUUGUCCAAAAGUUGCGGAGCAUUGGCAGCGAGGAGAGAAGCACGAUGAGACAGACGCUGUCGCGUGUCCAGAGGUAUUUCGAGUAUGAUAAUGCGCUUACGGACGGAGCUGUGAGCUUGAUAUGGUCAAAAAUCCAUUCCAAAGUUCCUAUGAUCAAGGAGAGCAUUGCGAGGUUUAGAAGAAAUAGGAAAAGUGGUAGCUUACCGUCGGCUAAGCGGUGUCACUGCGUUUCAUGAGCCUCUUCGUUACGAUUUUUUGUAAAUCACGGGAGUGUUCCUGUUGGAAGGAUACAAAAAA